CUUUGUUUUAAUAACGACUUUGACUCUACAUGAAUUUAUUUUAUUUUGCUUCUGCUCAAAGCUUUGGCACUUUUGAGUUUUGAGACAGGAGAAAUAAAAUAAUUAAAUAUAAAUAAAUAAAAAUAUAAAAAUGCACAUAAAUAUUUAAGCGGAGGGUGGAGACACCAAAACAACUCCCAAUUGACUGUCUCUGCCCAUCCUCGUCUGCUCUCUCUCCUCGAAGAAACAAUGACUAGUUCAUCUGCCCCUUCUCGCAAGGUGUUAAGCAAGAUCGCCUGCAAUCGCCUCCAGAAAGAGCUGGUGGAAUGGCAGGUCAACCCUCCUGCGGGAUUCAAGCAUAAAGUCACAGAUAAUCUACAGAGAUGGGUGAUCGAAGUCAACGGAGCUCCGGGAACUCUGUACGCCAACGAAUCGUACCAGCUUCAAGUGGAUUUUCCCGAGAAUUACCCCAUGGAAGCACCGCAGGUUGUUUUUGUCCCGCCAGCUCCUCUGCAUCCUCACAUAUACAGCAAUGGGCAUAUCUGUUUAGGCAAGAGUUAUACAUCAGUGGACUCUCCAGGAUGCAUUACAAUUGCAAAUUCCAAUACUGGUCACCUUUUAAAAUCCUAUGAACUUGAUAUCAGCUGAAGUAAAAAUCCAGGGCCUUUUUGGCAAUGUUUUGGAAAACGAUUCUUAAAAAACAGUUUUUGAUAAUAAUUUUUAAAAACAGUUCUCAAUUGUUUUUAGGAACAAAACACUAUUUCAAAACUCAAACAUGAAUACAGCUUUUUUGGCUUACUCUCCUUAAAGGUACUGUAUACUUAAGUAUAAUAUAAAUUUUUAAAAGUGUUUAUAAUCUUUGAUUUGAACAUUUACAAAAAACAGUUGAAAACACCUCAGAUUUGUUCUAAAAAAACAGUAUGUUUCAUAGCAAUUUCCAAAAAAGACUGUUUUUUUGUCAAAAGUUUGUCAAACAUUUUUUUUUUCUAAGUUAGAAAACCUUUUUAUGUUGUAAAGAACAGAAAACCGUUUUUAAAAACGGAUACCAAACAGGGUAUUAGUCUUUCUUUUUCUUUUUCUUUUAUAUUGGAUUUUGGAAGUUCUGACUCUUCUUCUUUCAUGUGUCUUAUGGAAGGGACUAAGGUACAAUUCUUCAGGCUAACAUACUAUUUGCCAUCAUUCAUGUCAAUCCACUGCAUAUAGUAGCAAUAAAACUUGAAGACAAAAAAAAUUACAUUGAAGCUUGUAAAGCCUGAACUGGAAGAUAUGAAAUAAAAUACUUCAAGAGAGGAGAUGAUUUGUUGGUGUAUAAAUAUUCAUUUUCUUUGCACAUAUGCCUAAUCAGGGUUGCAUUUUUCUUUUUGAUGCUACCUGUUAUAAUGUAUUUAUUCAUUUUUUAUAGGUAAAAAAAAGGAAAAUAUAUCAAAAGUGCCUUAAAGGAGGCACUCUAAGAUACACAAUGGAUACACCCUAUUCUAAUUUAUUAUAAACAGCUGUACUAAAAUGAUAAGAUGCAACAGCCUAAAAGCAGGCACUCCAACACACACAAUGGAUACACCCUAUUCUAAUUUAUUAUAAACAGCUGUACUAAAUGAUAAGAUGCAACCUUUCAAGGUCCAGGAUUGCCGCAAUCCCAGACUUUGCAAUUCUCUUUACGCAUAGUGAAGAAAAUCAAAAUUGCCUUUAAUUGCUAAUCAAGCAACAAACUCACUAGUGGAUUCGAAUGAUUUCUGACCCCAGCAACUCUGUACUCCACCCACAAGGACCUACUUCUCAAAAGCAAUAUUAUGUAGAUCUAGGAAUUCUAGAUACUGAGGUACAUUCUUAGCAAAAAUACUUGAUAGGCAAACAAUACAUGAAAAAGAAAGGGAGCAAAACUGGAUGGUUCUUAUUUCAAUCCCAUUAUUUUAUCAACUGAUUCUCUGUGGUUGAUUGUCCAUCAACACACUGACAUCUAAUAUCAUAGCUUAUUUGUUUUCACAGAUAUUCUAUAUGAUUCAUGGUCCCCAGCCAUGACAGUUAGUUCAAUCUGUAUCAGCAUACUCUCCAUGUUAUCGAGCUCAACUGUGAAGGUUUGGUUCAAAUUGUCAAAGUUUUAAGUUUUUUAAACCCCUCCUUUCUUCUUAAUUUUGCUUUUAUCUUUUUCCAGCCUAUUUUAGUGUGAGAGCAUUACUCAUGAGUUUUUUCAUUGUGCAGCAACGCCCUGCAGAUAAUGACCGCUAUGUGAAAAAUUGUCGGAAUGGCAGAUCUCCCAAGGAGACUAGAUGGUGGUUCCAUGAUGAUAAAGUGUAAUAGAAGAAUGAGCAAUUUAUCCAAAGAUUGGAAACAUGAUGUCAUGGGUUGAGAAUGGACAAAAACCGUUUCCCUUUUUUCUUUUUUUUCUUUUUUUCCUUUUUUCCCCCAAGAAGAAAUGUAGGACCCAAGAAGAAGAAGAAGAAGAAGAAGAAGAAGAAGAGAAUUCCCAAUUUGAAUGCCUGCCACAAAGUUUGGGUAGGGAUUAUUGCUAUAAGGCAUAAGCAUUCAUGUAAAGCAGUAAUAGUUGUGCUAUAGGGAAUGUGUAAACCAGAUCCAACUGGCCUUUCAUGUUACUCCUGAGUAAGCUAUAACAUGUGCACUCUUUAAGUUUUCAUGCUUA